CUUUUGUUUACAAUCUCAGCUUGUCGUAGCGAAAAGUAGUAAAAUCAUGAAAUCUGAAACUAACUGUUAAAAAAGAAACCAACUACGAACGAUAAAAAACACCUUAUUUUUUAUCACAAGACUAUCUUAGCGAUAGUGACUUUGUCGUGCAUUAAAAAAAAAAUCCAUCCAAUUCAACACUCCUACUUGGUUUCCCUCUUCCCACCACACAUUUCUUGAUUUCCGCUAAUUUAUAGAAAAUGCUUGCUCCCCGUGUCUGUCGCUCCGGUCUUGGAUCUCUUCGCUCUGCCUUGUCUUCCAAGGCAGCUUCUCCUUUUUUCCUACGCUCUUCUGCGAGUGCUGUUGCUCGUCCUUUCACGGCCUUUCAAUGGAGAGCCGCUAACUUUUACUCCACUAAACGUUUUACGAAACAACAUGAAUACGUUAAUGUAGACGGCGAAGUCGGUACUGUUGGUAUUUCAGAGUAUGCCGCUCAUGCCCUUGGCGAAGUCGUCUUCGUUGAACUUCCCGAACAAGGAUCCUCCGUUGAUGCUGGCAAUGGACUCGGUUCGGUUGAGUCGGUCAAGUCUGCAAGCGAUGUCUACUCUCCCGUUUCUGGUGAAAUUACAGAGGUCAAUGCGACACUCAGUGAUUCUCCUGAGAAAGUUGGCCUUUCUCCCGAGAGCGAGGGCUGGCUUUGCAAAAUUAAGCUCAGUUCUCCUGAAGAAGUGAAAGGCUUAUUAACCAAGGAAGCAUAUGAUGAGUUCUGCAAUGAAGAAGACGCUUCUCAUUAAUUCAACACGCUUUUAUAUGAUUUACUUGUCUACCUAAAGCCCUUUAUCCAUCAAUCCAUAUCGACAUGGAUUGAUGGAUGUUUUUUGUCGAUUUUGCUUAUCCAAUCGCCAUAAUGCAGAGCCGUAAUCUACCAGAUACUGAAUUAAUUACAAAUCUUUUUAAAAAGUUUAUUUUCCUUCUCUAAUUCCUUGCGUACCUCACCGACCUUGACCUCCUUGUAUGCAAAGGCCAAUUUUUAACAAUUUCCUUUCUCAUUCACCUAUACUAAUAAUUUUAUAAUUAUUAUAAAGAACUAAUAUAUGCUAUGAUAGGUUAUUGUACAUCUAUAAUAUUAAUAGUCUCAAUCCUACAUCCCACGCAAACGCAUUGACUUUCUUGAGAG